AUUGGUCAGUGUGUUUACAAGAGAGGAGAGAUCUUUUGCAGUAUGUCCGAGCUGUUAGAGUUUCUGAAUAGAGCCAAAACAACAAACGAGACCAUUUCAGGUCUUUUUGAGUGUGUUACAGUUGCUGAUGCGCUUAAGAACAAGGCGCGAAUGACAGAAGAGAGCCAGCUGCAGCAGAUAGCAGAGGCAAUGGAGAACCUCUACAAAGACUUCAAAGUAAGAGCAUCAAGCAUCCGGGAAGAGCUGGAAAAAAUGAAAAAAGAAAAUGACGUGCACUUGGACAGACAUGGAUUUGACAGAGGGUUUGCAACGCGAAAUAACUUUAUGCAGAAUCUUCUACGGAGACUUUCUCUCGUGAUACAGGACUUUGGAAGAGUGCAGGGAGGGUUUGCAGUGAGCCAAAAAGAGAGAAUGAGAGAGCAGUAUUUAAUAGCCAUGCCAGAGGCCACGGAGGAAGAGCUUUCCAGCCUGGAUGAAAAAGAGAAGGCAAAAGUGCUCCUGCAGUCUGCAUUCACUCUGGGCAGCAAAACAGCAAAAGAAGCGCUGAUCCUUGCAGAGAAGCGAAGAAGCUCGAUUGAAAACAUUCUGGAGGGCAUUUCAGAAUUAAAAGACCUAGCAGAUGAUUUCUCUACGAUUGUAAGGAUCGACUCGUGCGACAUGGACAAGGUGCAUCUGGGCGUGCAGUGCGCGAAUACACAGGCAAAAUCAGCGCACACUGUUAUCAAUAAAUCGUCAAGAAGAAAAAUAAGAAUAAAGAAGGCAAAGAAAACAGCAACUCUUUUUCUUGCUCUUCUUUCGUUCACUAUUUUGCUGAUUGUAGUGUGCAGGAUAGCUAAUUGA